UUCUUCUUAUGCCUUCUGUAAGUGAGGAUUCUUGGAACUGAACAUGGAAUGUGGGGACUCGCUUGGCUUCUUAAUCAUUGCUCUCAGCUACAAUGUGACUGUCAUAGGAAAAAUAUGGCUAACCCUUGUGAUCUUGCUGAGAUUCAUGGUGAUUUUCCUGGCCGCCUAUCCGCUCUACCAAGAUGAGCAGGAACGCUUCAUCUGCAACACGUUACAACCAGGAUGCUCUAACGUCUGCUACGAUAUUUUUGCUCCGGUAUCACACUUCCGUUUCUGGCUCAUUCAGACGGUAUCUGUGCUGCUCCCUUAUGCUGUGUUUGGUGUCUGUGUCUUGCACAGUGUAGUCAGGCAGAUGGUGAAGGCAUAUUCCUCCCCUUACCAUCGGUACAAAGAGACAAAAACUUCCAUGGGCCACAGAGGUACAAAGAAAUCAUUCAAAGGGGCAACAAAGAACAGAAUUGCCUACAUGUCAAAAGAAAUGGAUAUUCCUGAUUUUUCAGGAGCUUACACAGUGCAGCUUCUUUUGAGAAUAAUGAUAGAAGCUGGCUUUGGAGCUGGCCAUUAUUAUCUCUUUGGAUUUUCCGUUCCAAGACGCUUCUCCUGUAACCAGCUACCUUGCACAAGUUUUGUUGACUGUUACAUCUCCAGACCCACCGAGAAAUCUAUCAUGAUGCUUUUCAUCUGGGGACUCAGCGGCUUCUCAUUUCUCCUUAGCCUCGUUGACCUGGUCUUUGCCUUCCGAACCAAUGCUGUAAGAAAUCAAAGAAGGAAGCUGCUUUUGGAAAGGAACGCCACUGAGGAGAAAGGCAGCCCCAGCCUGUACCAAGCUAACCAGCCCAACAAAGACUUGCUCAACUAUGGAAGCACUGCCAUCACUGACAACUGUUUGCUUGGCGGUGAAGGAAACGAAACCCACUCCUUCCAGCCCAUUUUGACUCCUCAGCAAAUGAUCAGCACCAACCUCAACAGUAACAGCAAUAAAUCAUGCAUUGCAGCUGGCAAUCCAGAUGCCAAGGGAGUGCUUCCUGAGCAGCCUGAAGCUUUGAAUGAGCAAUCAAGAUACGAGCAACAGCCAUGCUCUCCCAAAGGAACGUUGUCUUUUAAAUCCCAGAACGGAUGCCAUCGUAGAUCCCAUUCAUCUGCCAGUUGCAACAAGCCCUCGGUUCAUUAUUCCAUCGUGGAGAGGAAGGCUUCUGACGCACAGUCUGUCUGCAGUAGCGCUGGAUGCUCAAGAUCCAAAAAAUCUGAAUGGGUUUAAAAUGUCACAUAGGAACAUGGAUUAUUGAGCUGCUUGCAUUCUCAAAAGGCUGCUUCUGUACCACUGCCACUAUAGUAGGAUUAUCAUUGCUAAUAUUGGAAGCGACAUAGGAGGUGUUUGGUUUCUUAGUUUUGCAAUAUUAUUAUAGAUAGGCUUUUAGUAAGAGGUUCAUAAAUGUAGUGUAUUCUCAUGAUGGAUGGAGCCACUUAUUUUACCACUAAGCAGAGUAUCUAAGCUGUAGAUUUUAAAGAGAAGGUGAUCUCCUUUUAUACAAUGCAGUUGCAGGAGUAGGUGAUACCUUUAUAGAACAGUAAAGAAAUCAUACAGUCUGCUAGCUUUUGUAGAUCAGAUGUCUGCUUCCUUGGGCGGGCUGCACCAGCGUCUUAGAGUCCAAAGGUUCUCGGCUUUUGCCAGAUUUUUUGUCUAAUAGGUAACGUAAGUUGGAGAGGGUGCAGGCUGCAUUAAAGUUGUGGUUUUGAAGUUACAGCUGAGGAAGCUAUUGAUUGGAUAUCACACCCCAUUUCUUCAAACAAACAAGACUAGGCCUUUUAUACAACUACUCUUACACAAAGGGAAAAACACUUACUAACUUCACCCCAUCCCUCCAUUGUGUCCCUGUUAUGACCACUCCACACUGACGCAUCCCAUCUAGGAUGAUCUGAAGGUGGAGUUUGUUCUACAUGGUAGCUUCCUUCUCUCGAUGUCUUCCUCUACCUCCAUUUUCUUUGUGUCCUUAUUCUGUAUGAGAUUGCAAGACAUGAUUUUUCCUUUCUGAAUUGGUGUUUGAGCAUGAUACCCCUUCCCAAAUG